AUCUUUUGGGCGAUUUGCUGCAGCCCGUUCUUGUAGUUUGUGUAUUGGAGUUGAAGCUCUGAGAGUAAUCUGUUAGCUAGGCCAGUCACGGACAUCUAUAUUAGAGAUACCUACCCUGUUGCUUUCGCGGGGUGAUCUGUUGUGCCAUUUUGUCCUACAGAGGAUGGUUUUGAAGACUUGGAUUGAGGGGUCUGGGACUUCUGGGACGAGCUUUCUUUUGGAGAAACGCGACGAACGGGAGGUGCCGAGCUUUUGCCGACAAAUUGGAAUCUUUCGAUAGUCAUCUCCACAACCACCACAGUACCUACAGCCUCUACAAGAAAACGAAGAAGAACUUCUGUAUCAAUUGACUGGUGCAUAUCUGCAUACUGUUCACGAUGCAUCCCCAUCUGCACACAAAGGACAAUACAGCUUGCGAGGAGGUCAUGAACAUCCUCGACGAAUGCCACGCACGGGGUUUCAUGUGGAAAGCAAUGGGCAUGUGCAACGGUGCAAAGACACAAGUCAACAAAUGUCUGCGAGCCCAAAGACUUGAGCGAACGAAAGCGAAUCGAGAAGCGGCCAAGAUCAAGAACAAGGAAAUCAAGGCAAAGUGGGCCGAGAUCGAUGCCAACUCGUGA